GUGCUUCCUGUUGCUGCCCGCACGUUGCCUGUUCCUUUCUGAUUUUUUUGAGCCACAGUAAGAACAACACAAAGUUUGCGACUCUGAAAACGGAGGAAAAUCUCUAAAAUGCCGCGAGCCAAGCAGUCAGCCCGGAGGAAGAAGUUUGACUACAACCGGAACCGGAAGAACGUGAAGACGAAGAACAAGAAGAAGUCGAACCCGAGGAUCGAGCAAUCUCAGAUUCGAAAUGCGUGGGAUGACAACAAGUCCGUCGCCAGGAACCUGCAGGAGAUGGGUCUGGCUUUUGAUCCUAACCGCUCUCUGCCCAUAAAACAGCAGAAGCUCCCCAGGGAAGAUACGAAGCCUGCCGUCAUCACCAAACCCUACAUCGUACAGCAGCUGGAGGCGGAGGCCAGCCUCCCCGGGAAAGACACCAAGACGUUAUCGACCGACCUGAUCGAAUACGUUCAGUACAUGAUCCGAGAGCACAACCAGGACUACAAGGCGAUGGCCAGAGACGAGAAGAACUACUACCAGGACACGCCCAAACAGAUCAAGAGGAAAAUCAGCGAGUAUAAACGCUGCCACCCGCAGCACUACGAGGCCUUCGCCAGCUCGCUCGCAGCUCCAGAGCCGAUGGUCCAGUAGAAGAUCUGCUGUGGGUCUGAGGAAGUGGACUGUGGACAUUCAGACUGAGGUCGAGUGUUUGGACGGAGAGUAAAAUACCGGAGCUGUCGGCGAGUGCCGAGGAAACACGUCCGUGUUCUGGGACGUUGCUCUCGCCUUUUGUAUUUUUAAUUGAGUCAUUUUGUUUCAGGAUUUAUUCGCUCUUUCUUGUGAAAGUCAAACAUGACUGAAAUGAGAUUUUUAAUAAUUUAAACCCCUUGAAACUCAUCCAGCAGGUGUGGGUUUUUUUUCCCCUCUCUGGGAUAAAAGUAUUUGAAUUUCCUCCAUUAUCCUCACAAACCACAGGAGGACCCAAACAUCUAAGUAAAAUCAUGAAAAAUGGAUCUGUUUUUAAUGGUGUGUUAAUUGAUUUCUGUUUUUAUUCCCAAGCAAACCCGGGCAAAGUCCGAAACAAAUAUGAAGUGAGAUGCUAAAAUAAAGAAGUUGGUGAAUCUUUUCACUGAUAAAUAACAAAUAUCUGAGCGGUUUUACAAACUCUCUGGAAUUUUUCAGAUUUUGAGCCGGAAAUAAAAGUCGGGAUGAUUGUUGAGGACGAGUUUCUGGAUGUGACCAGAAGCGACAGAUAAAAAUAUUUUUGCUCAUUUGGAGGAGAACACUUCAAAAAUGUUAACGCCGUGUGAAAGCGUGACCCAGAUCUUGCUUUCGGCGUGGCUUCAGGGCUCGCAAAAUUGCUAGCCCGACGUCCCGGGGCUGAGAUAGAUUUUGGUCGCCCGACCGGAGAUAUCGCUAGCCCCGGGACGUCGGGCUAGCGAUUUUUGCGAGCCCUGGCCUUUAAAGACAUAAAAUUACAUUUCACACUGUUUUAAGCAAUUCUUCUUUAAGGGAUGGGAACUGACUGUACCGAGUAUCUGUGUGAGACAAAUAAGGAUUAUUUCGAACUGUCAAUCAUGCAAAGCUCCUUAAGCAGAGUCCAAUAGUAGAAACAUGGACCAGGAGAUUUGAAACAAGUCUUUAAACAGCUGUCGAGCUGAUUCAUAAAACUUGUUGAAAGGCUUUAAAAAUUCCACCAAUAAGGGAGUGCAGGGGAAAAAAUAUUUUGUGAUUUUUUUUU